UACACAAAGAAGAAGACGCCGUCCGCGUCGAGAAACUAUAAACGUUCCGCAGAUUUGGUUGUCCUGACAAUAAGUUUGCUGGUUAUAGUUUUGUCAAGUGAACACGUUCAAACAGCAAACAGCAGCAUCAUGUCGGGUGGACCAGCGGUGCGGGUCAGCAUCGAGUCGUCCUGCGAGAAGCAGGUCCAGGAGGUCGCCUUGGAUGGGACGGAGACGUAUGUCCCCCCUCUGUCCAUGUCCCAGAAUCUCUCCAAGCUGGCCCAGAGGAUCGACUUCGGUCAGGGUUCUGACUCGGAGGAGGAUGGGGCCGAAGGCGAGCCCAGGGACCGCGAGUGGGGCAAGCAGGAGCCAGAGGAGGAGGAAGGCACAGUGAAGUUCCAGCCAUCUCUUUGGCCGUGGGACUCAGUGCGUAACAACCUCCGCAGUGCCCUGACAGAGAUGUGUGUGCUCUACGACGUUCUCAGUGUGGUGAAGGAAAAGAAGUACAUGGCAUUAGACCCAGUGUCUCAGGACCCCACAGCUGGAAAGACCCCCCAGGUGUUCCAGCUGAUCAGUAAGAAGAAAUCUUUGGCCACAGCAGCCCAGCUGCUGCUGAAGGGCGCAGAGAAACUCAGCAAGUCGGUAGCGGAGAACCAAGAGAACCGGCGGCAGAGGGACUUCAACUCAGAGCUGCUCAGACUCCGCUCGCAGUGGAAACUACGCAAAGUCGGGGACAAGAUCCUGGGAGACCUCAGUUACAGGAGUGCAGGAUCUCUGUUUCCUCACCAAGGCACCUUUGAGGUGAUCAAGAACACAGACAUCGAUCUGGACAAAAAGAUCCCAGAGGACUACUGCCCCUUGGACGUCUUGAUCCCCAGUGAUCUGGAGGGGUCUGCUUAUAUUAAGGUGUCCAUCCAGAAACAAGCACCCGACAUUGGUGACCUCGGAACAGUCAACCUCUUCAGGAGGCAGCCCAAAACCAAAGCCGGUACCCAGCCGUGGCACGUGAAACUGGAGGCAGCCCAGAACGUUCUGCUGUGUAAGGAGAUCUUUGCCCAGCUGUCCAGGGAGGCGGUCCAGAUCAAGUCUCAGAUCCCUCACAUUGUCGUCAAGAACCAGAUCAUCUCCCAGCCCUUUCCAGGCUUGCAGCUAUCAAUCUCCCUAUGCCAUUCAACGGCAGAGAAGAAGAACCAAAGGGCAUCGCCGGAAAAAUCCAAACCAGACGACCAUCUCUACGUUCUCGAGCACAACCUGCACCAGCUAAUGAGAGAGUUCCAUAAGCAGCAGCUGAGCUCUGUGGUUAUGCCUCACCCCGCCACCGCUCCCUUCGGCCACAAGCGUCUUCGUCUCGCGGGGCCUAUGGCCUACGACAAGGCCGACAUCGUCAGCCUGCAGCAGAGCGAAGGCCUCCUGGAGAAGAUCAUCAAACAGGCCAAACACAUCUUCCUACGCAGCAGGACUGCACGCACCAUUGACAGCCUGGCCAGUCGCAUUGAGGACCCCCAGAUUCAAGCCCACUGGUCAAACAUCAACGAUGUGUAUGAAUCCAGCGUCAAGGUCCUGAUCACCUCUCAGGGAUAUGAGCAGAUCUGCAAGUCCAUCCAGCUGCAGCUGAACAUCAGUGUGGAGCAAAUCAGAGUUGUGCACAGAGACGGGCGCGUCAUCACCCUGUCACACCAGGAACAGGAGCUGCAAGACUUCCUCCUCUCUCAGAUGUCGCAGCAUCAGGUGCACGCUGUGCAGCAGCUGGCUAAGGUAAUGGGCUGGCAUGUCCUGAGCUUCAGCAACCAUGUGGGCCUGGGCGCGGUGGAGAGCAUCGGAAAUGCCUCCGCCAUCACCGUCACCUCCUCCAACGGGGAGUAUGCCAUUUCAGUGCGUAAUGGCCCGGAAAGUGGGUGCAAAGUUCUGGUCCAGUUCCCCCACAGCCAGAGCAAAGAGCUGCCCAAGAGCGAUGUCAUCCAGGAUGCCAAGUGGAGCCACCUCAGGGGGCCUUACAAGGAGGUGCACUGGAGCAAAAUGGAGGGCAGGAACUUUGUUUACAAGAUGGAGCUCCUCAUGGCAGCCCUCACGCCCUGCCCUUAAAUGGUACUACAGGCGCUGAACUGAAUCUGAGGACUUUUACAAACACUGGCUCUGACACCAGACCAACAAAACAAAACAAAAACAUGUUUUUAAGUAAGCACAUUUCAGCAGUUGUACAUUAAGAGGUCUGCACACCAUAGAAAACCUCAAACCCACUCUAUUCAGAGUUUCCACAGGUAUUCAGCAGAAACGCCAACAAACUGCUGAAGAAACCACCCACAGCAUUCUUGCCUACCUUUUAGUUUGUCCUUAAUGCUACUACGGGACACUUUUCAUUGAUCCAGCUUAUGGACUUCUGGAGCACUGCCACUGACUCUCACCUACCACCCCUUCUGCUUCUCACAUGCUACAGACACAGACUUCUGUCUAGAUACAGCAAUGCCCCAUAAAGCCCCACUACUUUGGAUACCUCAGUCCUAAUCACAUCUGUGCAUGACCAUUUUUUUGUCUUAUAUAUAUUUAUAUAUAUAUAUCAACACAGAUACAGGAAAAAAAGUUUUAAUGCAUUGCAGAAUGUUAGAACUCUUUUUUAAUGCCUUAAAAAAUGCAUUAAAACAGUUUUAAUGCAUUUUUUCCUGUAUCUGUGUUGUUAUGCUCCUCAUUAGUUGAGCACUUAUAACACCAUUGACGGUUUCGGGGAAAAAAACACUAUAUAUAUAUAUAUAUAUAUAAAAUCCAGUGAGGUCAAGUAAAUUCUUUGAGACAGUACAAACCUGUUAAAGAAAUCACAUAUAUAUAUAUA